GCAUGGAUGGGUGGGUCAGCGGUCGAUCUGAGAAGAAUGUUAUCGCACAAUCUAUCAUGAACCAUUUAUUAACUCUGCGCAGUCUCAAAAUCAGUAGACUAUCGUUCUCAUUCGACUUAGCCGACUUCGACCCCUUCAAGAAUUCCAGGUGGCCCUACCUCACACAUGUUGGAAUCAAUGUUUGCCAACAAAAUAUACUCCUCAGAUUACUGCAGCAGGCUCCUAACCUCUCCUCAGCCAAGAUUUCAAUAGAUUUAGUAUAUACCGGGCAACCCUCUGGUCCCCCCUUACCGGUAGAGCCGUUCACGCACACGAAGCUUCAAGUCUUGCAUAUCAAUUGUCCCAGAUCGCUCCCACCACUCCCAAACCUACUUAAUGCCCUAUCACUCCCCAAUUUACGCGAGUUUAUGGCUAGCUCUGCAUGGAUGUGGUGGCCUCACGAGGAGUUUAAAGCAUUUUUAGCACGGUCAAAGUGUCCUCUGGAGUUCCUGAGUUUUGGUGAUGGAAAUCGGGCAGCCUUAGACGAGCUGCGAGCGGAAUACAUCGCUCUCAUUCCUUCUCUUGAAGUAGUGGAUCAGGCUCGUGGCUGCUUCAUCUUUUGCAAAGCGUAGUCGCCGGUAGAUUCGCGACUCUACGAAGUUGGGAGGGUCCUGUCAACUGACUCAGCUCGAAACGUCCGUAUGAAAAUAACGGAAUCCGAGCGAGUCACCAACCAUGGCCUUUUCUUUCCAACUUCGUUGUGUCGUGCACUGAUGGUGUUUUUGAGGAAGAGUCCCUGCCGCACGUGCGCGCGUGUUCUUGAUAUUGCCGCUUGUCCACCCGGGCCAUGAUGUUGACCAUGAAACCCAAG